GGCGGCGUCCUCGAUGUAAACAUACCCUGGUAUUAGUUUGAUUCUUAACGCGCUCGCUUCUGGUGGGAAACGGUGACAUGCCGUCGUCGUGGUGGUCCAGCUUGAAUAAAGUUAUUAACCGUUGUGAAUAACAGGCUACGGUCUCCCGCAUAACGCUCAACAGUGAAUUACGCUUGAAAGCAUACAUGUACUGAUAGCUUGCCAUAUCUAGGACGUCGCUAACGCCGCCACACAUCGAGACGGGAUGGAUCUGAGCUGAUCUGAGCUGAGCUGAGAUGGGAUCAGGAUCCGUUCGCUGGGCUUUUCGCUGCGGCUCGUGGGCACCUACACGGCCCGAGUGGCUGCACGCGGCGCGGUGUAUUCAGCGCGAGGAGAAGGACAGAAUUGGACAGUUCAUGUUUGCCAAAGAUGCCAAAUCAGCGAUGUGUGGCCGCUUGCUGCUGAGGAGGCUGGUGUGUGAGCGGAUGGAGGUUCCUUGGUCAGACAUCAGGCUGGAGCGUUCUCCCAGAGGAAAGCCAUACCUGGCAAAGACAACACCAGAUUCAGCUUCUGCAGGCUCUGGGGAGUGGGCAUGGAAUUUCAACCUCUCCCACCAGGGGGACUUUACUGUGCUAGCUGCACAGGAGGGACGGCAGGUCGGCGUGGAUGUCAUGAAGACCACCAUGCCAGGUAGCAGCUCUGUGCCUGAGUUUUUCCGCAUCAUGACUCGUCAGUUCACAGAGUAUGAGUGGAGCGUCAUCCAAUCAUCUGGCUCGGAACACCAGCAGCUCGCUGCGUUCUACCGCCACUGGGCGUUAAAGGAGAGUUUCAUCAAGGCCAUUGGCACUGGGCUUGGAUUCAACCUUCAGAGAGUGGAGUUUCACCUCUCCUCUGAACUACUCACCGAGGGACGAGUGCUGCGUCAUACCAAGAUGUAUCUGGACGAGGAAGAGGAAGAGGACUGGAUAUUCGAGGAGAGCUUGUUGGAUGCAGAGCACCAUGUUGCUGUGGCACUAGGACCCCAAGACAAAGGUGGAGCUGGGGCUCUUCUCUCGUCUCUCCCUCCCCCCUCUCACUUUACCUUCCUGUCAUUCAGUGACCUCAUCAGCUUGGCGAUGCCCCUGACAGAAGAAGACCCUGCCUACUGGGAGAGCUUUGAGAAGAAAGCAGAGGCCCCAGAGAGACAGAGAGAAAAAUGCACCCACAAAUAAACACUUAUUUCUCACACGUGGACACCGAGAGACACAUCCGGCACAUGUGCACUGACAGGAGCAUACACACAUGCCUUAAGAAGUGCCAAAAAAAACAAAACACAAACGCACACAUCAAUGUAAUUCCAUCCAUCCACUAUCCAGAGUGCUUAUCCUGCUCUCAGGGUCGCGGGGAUGCUGGAGCUUAUCCCAGCAGUGACUGGGUGGUAGGCGGGGAGACACCCUGGACAGGCCGCCAGGCCAUCACAGGGCUCACACACACACACACACUCAUACCUAGGGACAAUUUAGUACAGCCGAUUCACCUGACCUACAUGUCUUUGGACUGUGGGAGGAAACCGGAGCCCCCGGAGGAAACCCAUGCAGACACGGGGAGAACAUGCAAACUCCACACAGAGGACGACCUGGGACGACACCCAAGGUUGGACUACCCUGGGUAAUUGAUACUUAAAUUUAGAAUCUCUACUUUUUUUUGGCUUUUUCCCCAUUUUUCUCCCCAAUUGUAUCUGGCCUAUUACCCCACUUUUCCGAGCCAUCCCGGUCGCUGCUCCACCCUCUCUGCCGACCCGGGGAGGGCUGCAGACUAACACAUGCCUCCUCCGAUACAUGUGGAGUCGCCAGCUGCUUCUUUUCACCUGACAGUGAGGAGUUUCGCUAGGGGGAUGUUGCGCAUGGGAGGAUUACACUAUUCCCAGCCCCCCCCCCCCCCCCCCCCAAACAGGUGCCAGAAAUGACCCAACCAGAGGAGGUGCUAGUGCAGCAACCAGGACACAGACCCACAUCUGGCUUCCCACCCGCAGACACGGCCAAUUGUGUCUAUAGGGACGCCCGACCAAGCUGGAGGUAACACGGGGAUUCAAACCGGGAUCCCCGUGUUGGAAGGCAACGGAAUAGACUGCUAUGCCACCCGGACACCUUGAAACUCUACUCUCUUGUCUAAAACCAGGCGCACACAGUUGUGACAUGCACACACCUGUGGCACAGACAUACAGAUAUAAAGGUUCUCUAUCCAUCUGUUAAUCCUCAUCUUGCUGUCCUGUGAAGCCCUGAAAAACUAGACCUUAUGCUAAUAUCGGGACACGUUUGCUCAGGAUUUUGGGAACAUGGAUUUCUUAAAUUGUUGCUCAUUGCUGAUCCCCGUAAGCCAUGGAGGCCCUGACAAGAGUGAGUAGAGAACCGCCCUGAGAAACCAAGAAAUGAAACUGUUGAUAAGAAGUGGGUAUAACAUUUGAAAUAUGUAAUCAAUAAAUAUGUGAUUGAUAUACCGUAAGACUUAUCAAGAUAGAGUUAUUUGAUUGAUUAUGCUGUUUGUAUUGAAUGCACCUUGCUGAUCCGUGUCACCGGGAUACAAAUAAAAAAAAUCUA